GUGUGUGUGUGUGUGUGUGUGUGUGUGUAGGACCCUGCUGCAGAACGGAAGUAAACCGAAGGAAUUAAAGGCAAAUCUUUGUGUUUACUGAUCCAUUACAACACACAGAUGACUGUAUAUAAUCUGUAUAUAUUUGACCGUAAUGGAACGUGUCUACACUACAGCGAGUGGAACCGCAAGAAACAGGCAGGAAUUUCCAAAGAGGAGGAGUUUAAGCUGAUGUAUGGAAUGCUGUUCUCCAUUCGCUCGUUUGUCAGUAAGAUGUCUCCACUCGACAUGAAGGACGGGUUUGUGUCAUUUCAGACAAGUCGUUAUAAACUUCAUUAUUAUGAAACUCCAACAGGAAUCAAAGUUGUGAUGAACACGGAUCUGGGAGUUCCUAACUGCAGAGAUGUUCUCCAUCAGAUCUACAGCACGGUCUAUGUGGAGUGUAUAGUGAAGAACCCGCUAUGUGAGCUGGGAGGAAGCCUACAGAGUGAACUGUUCUCCAGCAAACUCGACUCAUUCAUCAGAGCACUGCCUUUUUUCAGUGUCCGUGCUGCAUAAACUGUGUGUGUGUGUGUGUGUGUGUGUGUGUGUGUGUGUGUGUGUGUGUGAAGAUGAUGUUGCUUGUACCGUUGCUGCUGUUUUGUUUUUCUUGUUUGGAAUCUCCUCAAUAAAGUCACUAUUCAGAAAAAUA